AUGUCAAAAAAUUAGAAUCUAAUGAAAGGGGAUAAUAGCAAAGUACGUACUAUACUAUAUCCAGCAGCACAUCGUCGAAAUGCCACCACCGGGGGCCAAAAACAAACAUCCUCCGCCCGGCGUUCGCAAGCUGGACACUUAUUCCACCCUUAAUUGGCACCGGUUACAGAAACAGUACCUGAACGUAAGUUUCGUUAAAUCGCUUAUAUUCGAUCCGGCACAAUUGCCACUGGUUUCGUGGUUCAUACUAGUCGCCGAAUUCUUGCUUAAUGUGUUCGUCGUUCGCAAUGUUGCCUAUACUGAAAUAGACUGGAAGGCUUAUAUGCAGGAAUGCGAAGGUUUCCUAAACGGAACGACCAACUAUGCGAUGCUGAAAGGUGACACCGGUCCACUGGUAUAUCCGGCUGGAUUCGUGUACAUCUAUAGCGCGUUGUACUUUAUUACGUCACAAGGUCGGAACAUCAGGUUAGCUCAGUACAUAUUCAUUGCCAUAUAUUUGGCGCAGAUGGCGUUGAUUCUUCGGUUGUACAGCAAAAGUCGUAAAAUCCCGCCGUAUGUUCUGAUCAUAACAACCUUCACAUCCUACCGUAUCCACUCGAUCUACGUUCUAAGGCUAUUCAACGAUCCAAUAGCGAUUCUCUUUCUGUACUUGGCACUGAAUGCUUUCAUCGAUGGCAGGUGGACAACGGGAAGCAUCUUUCUGAGCUUGGGUGUAUCAGUUAAAAUGAAUAUUCUACUGUUUGCUCCGGCUAUUCUGCUGCUGUUCGUCACUAAUUUGGGAUAUCUUAAGGCUUUCGUACAGCUGGCUGUGUGCGGAUUGAUCCAACUAGUUUUGGGAGCACCUUUCCUGUUGUCUUAUCCACGAGAAUAUCUUAAAGGAAGUUUUGAUUUAGGUCGGGUUUUUGAACACAAAUGGACUGUUAACUAUCGGUUCCUGGACAGAGCGAUUUUUGAAAACAAAAUGUUUCAUUUGGCGCUGCUUGCUACCCACGUGUUGCUGUUAAUUUUAUUCUUUUCGCCUUGUUUCAAGUAUUUCCAGAAUUACUGUCGUUUGAGGCAUUUGGAGUUAAUGCUUUCUCCGCAAAUAGCGGCAAAAAAUGAAGAGGUUGCACAAGAAAAGAGAAAAAAGAAGGAGAAACCCAGUAAAGCCAAGCCUAAUAAAGAAGAACAACUUACAAAAGAGCAAGAAAAAUUCCUGAAAUCUUUUGAGAAAGGAAUUAAAUCGAUGGGUUCUGACAAAACACCAGCGGUGGAUAGUGUACCGGCUUCACUGGAAUCGGAAAUGCAGACACAACCCAACAAAUUCUCAAUUCAUUUCGAUAGAGCUACUCAACUGGCGCUGCUUCCUAUUUUCCUGUCUAACUUUAUCGGCAUAGUGUGUGCUCGCAGUUUGCAUUACCAGUUCUAUGUGUGGUAUUUCCAUAGCCUGCCGUAUCUAACCUGGUUCACAGAGUACAGCACUAGCCUGAAAUUUCUUCUGCUACUCCUGUUGGAGUUUAGCUGGAACACGUACCCAAGCACCAACGUGAGUAGUAUGAUUCUUCACACGUGCCAUAUUGUUCUGCUGGUCGGGAUAGGACGAAAAAUGUUCCGCAAGAUUCCGGAUUUGGCUCAAAUCAGCAAGGCGUCAGACUGAAGCAGGAUAAAGAACCGCCGAAGGAACUUGAAUGACGAAAUCCACGAGCAUUUCUUAAAAGUUUAUUAGAUUAUAAGGUGAGCAAGAUUUUUUUUACGUUUGAGUAAGACUUUUUCUCGUUUGACAGAUUUUGUGUUUGAUUUGUAUGUGACAAUAGAGCUGUAUUUAUUCAAUUUGAG